AUGCCAAAGCAGGUGCAGGACAUUAAGAAGUUCUUGGAAAUCGCCAGCCGCGACGACGUCAAGGUGGCCCGCAUCAAGAAGACGGUGCUUGCCGACCGCACCGUGCAGACUAAGUUCAAGCUGCGCGCUUCGCGCUUCUUGUACACACUCGUUGUGAAUGACGUUGAGAAGGCUGAGAAGCUCAAGCAAUCGCUCCCACCUACAACGAAGGUCGAGGAGAUUGGCGCCAAGCGUUUGAAGUAA